AAAUAAACAGUAAUUUAUCGCUCGCUCGUCAAGCGUAUCGAGCCAAUCAUAAACCCUGAUCAUACAGCUAGAUACCUACCUAAAGAUAUUGCAUUAUGUUACCUGCAGCCGGUGAUGUUCUUCAAUGAAUUUUCUUCCGACUCAAGCUGUUCGUCACGUUCAUAAUCGGCACAGGUGACAAAAUAUUACCGAAGCUGUUUGUGAAGAUUACAAUGAAAACACGUAAAACUACUGGCAUAGUCGUGUUAUCAUUUAUUGGAAUCGUAACAAUUUACAUUUUCGUUCUUAAUGACCUAAUAUCUUUCAUGGAUAGCUCAUGGGAGUUUAUUCCUAACGUAGAAGCUAUUCAAUUAAAAGAAAUCCUCGACACAGAUGCAGAUUACUGGAGGAGUCACAGCGGCACUACAAAAGAAAUCAAAGUUGAAAAAGUGUGCUCAGUGGCCACAAAAGUGUCGCUUAUCCAUUUUGUGAAGAAAAAGUAGCGUAACAUGUCCUUUCUUUUAAGUACCUUAAAGCAUAUUGGAAACUACCAUGCUUUCAAAUAAAAAAUAACAUAACAAGUGGAGAUGAUUUGUGUAAAAUUCUCAUAUAUUUAAGUGAGGUUGAAAAAUGGUGUCCACCGUUACCAUGGAGAAACCAGGAUAUCUCAAGGCGAAGCGCAAAAAUUGAAGAGAAAAAGGCAAUCAUACGCUCAUCAAUCGAUGGCUUGAUUACUCAAUGGCCAUUUGAACAUCCGGAUUAUCGUUGGAUGAAAAAUCGUAUCACGUCAAUGAAAGACGACUGGGCUACAGCGAUAAAAAAUUUAGGCAAGAAACGACCCUUGACAGAGAGGACAAGGAAACGGAUAAUUGUUUUCCUCGGUUCAUUUCCACCCAAGUCUUGGAUGUUGAAAAAUGCGUUUUCAGGUGGACCGUUGGGAGAAUUGGUUCAGUGGAGUGAUAUUAUUACGUCAUUAUAUCUUCUUGGUCAUGACGUCACUGUUGUCACAAGCAUUAACGAAAUGAAACGCUUCAUUCCACCAACAGAUAAAGAUGGAUGUAUCGACAUAAAGACAGUGCAAAAGUUUGCGUUUGAUUUGUUGUAUGUCGACAUUGUUGGUAUUCGACUUAUGGCAAAAUUUGUUGGUCCAAAUUGGUCGGAAAUUAGAUGCAAAACGAGAAUUGUUGACACGUUUGGUACAGAAGCGCAAUUCAACUUUAUAAAAUUUGCCUCAAAACAAAAAGUACAAAUCUGGAUGGGGAGGACUGGAAUUCAAUCUGCAACAGUUUAUGACAAUGUUUCCGCACACUCCAGAUAAUUCUUUCCUUGGUUUUGUUUCUGGUGCUGCCAGCAAAAUUUCUAAAACUUACACGUAUCAUAAAGAGAAACUUGGUUUAGUUUAUGGUAAAAAAGAUGUUUAUUGGAAUAUAACAAAUCCAAGAUAUUUGGACACAAUUCAUGAAUAUGUUGAUGUGCAUGGCACUUUUAAUUCGAGUAAAAAGACUUGGCCGUCUUAUAUACCAAAGUACGUUAAAAACCACGGAGUUAUAGAUCGAGUUACUUUGGAGAACUUGUUGCAGAAAUCAAAGGUUUUUGUUGGUCUUGGUUUUCCAUUUGAAGGACCCGCUCCUCUCGAAGCAAUUGCUAACGGAGCAGCUUUUUUGAACCCUAAGUUUCCAGAUCCACUCAACAGAUAUAAUUCUGACUUCUUUGCAAUGAAACCAACACGAAGGCUAGUGACGUCACAGAAUCCAUAUGCAGAACAAUUUAUAGGUGAACCUUAUGUAUACACUAUUGAUAUAAAAAAUGUCAGUGAGGUUUCGAGAGCAAUGGAAAAGAUCAUGAAAACAGAGCUGAAGCCAUAUCUUCCUUAUGAGUAUACACACGAGGGAAUGUUGGAAAGAAUGAGCGCUCAAGUUGAGCAUUUGGAGUUUUGUAAAGAAAAUCAGUGGCCUCCUUUGAAGAACAUGAUGACUGUAAAAGGAAAAGUUGGUCAAACUUGUAAAGAUGCAUGUUGGAACAAAGGUUUAUUAUGUGAACCUUCCUAUUGGGAAAUAGUGAAUCACAAGACUUGGUUUAAGAGGGUGGGAUUAAAUUGUGAAGAUGUGAAGAAUGUUGAAUCGUUGGUUGCACCAUCGUAUGAUGAAAAAACAAAGAUUUGUUAUUUACAAAACAACCAUUGCUAUACAGUUGUGUUUCAUCUUCAAACAUGCAGACAAGACUUUGUCCGUGUCGUGACUUUAUUAAAGGUCAAGUUGCUUUAUGUAAAGAUUGUUGGUGAAAUUAUCCAGACAUUUUUUGUUCAACUUACGAGAUCUGGAUGAAUUCAGUAACCAUAUUGAAAGACGGUUUUCAUUAGGGGGUGUAGCUCCUAAGUGAGUGUGUGCGAACAGGGGGGGGGGUUAAAAUCCGUGAAAUGACGUGUGUUGGUGAGCAGAUGCUCUGUGUAGUACGUAGAGAUAAACUACCAUAAAAUUUAUCAACAUUGAACGUUCAUUUCACGGCUAAUAGCAUAGACAGCUAAAACUGAUUUUAUAGAUUUAAUAUUUUUUUUAAAAAAGUAUUUGGCAAAGUAGUUAGGAUGCUGGCAUCCGAAAAGAAUAAAUGUUGCCAUGGUUAUGGUUAAACACACAGACACACUCCCACAGACACACCCCAGUCCGAAGUUUAAGCUCCACCCCUGGUUUUCGUAGAUUGUAAUUUGUUGCAAUUCAUUUUGAUUAUUCCAACAAAAUAUGACCAGACGAAUUACAAUAUACGAAAAUGAAAACCCGAUCUACAUGAGAUGCCUUACGGUCAAUUAUUUAAUGUGUAUGAAACAUACUGUAUUUAUUAGCUAGAAUUUAUGGGAGCUUUUUUCCAAAAUUUGUAUGGUAAUCGUGUUUCAUAAAUCAAUGACAAUAUUUGAAGAAGACUA